AUGUCAUCGCUCGUCGUCGCGCAAUCUUGGAGUUGCGCCAGCUUCAUCCCGACGCGGAGAUUAGCCCCGACCGCUGUAGUGCGCGCCCUUGCAGCUGUCCAGUCUGGCACCGAGAAUUACUACAGCCGUCUCGAGAAGAACGAUGAUAAGGACGAUGAUAGCGACAGCGAUGAUGCCCACGAACACGACGUCCGCGCCGGCUCCUUACCCAGCGAGGCUGAUACUCGUCCUCGACGCUCCGUGCCUACCGUGAACUACUCUCGGUCCGCCCUGUACCCCGCCGAGACACUCAAGGCCUUUCGCUCGGCAGGCAAAGACAGGGUCUCUUCGAAGACCUCCGCAUCGAACCCCGCAGCCGCCCCCAUCCCUCGCCCCGUCAGUCGCCAGAAUCCCGUUCUACCUAGCGCAGGUCCGGCUGAGUCCGUCCCGGCUGGUUCAGCCGUCUUGGACCCCGGCGGUAUUGCCGGCGCCCUCGCCGUCUCUCGGCAUGCAACGCCGGCACCCGCUGCUGCUAUGGCUAACCCAGACCGAUUCGCGCGUGUUAUAGAGGCCAUCGGCGAGGUGUCCCGUCUGACGGCUGCUCUGAAUGAGGCCAUCAACCGCUUGGGAGAGGCAUUCUUCGACGCGGUUGUGCCAGGAGAGCCCGCACCUGUCGCACGUCUAUCGGACGAUCAGGUGCAAGAUGUCCUUAGAAUGCUAGGCCACGCCGGUGGGAACGUUGGAAAUGAGUGA